AAAUCUAAUUCUAGGUCAUCUCAAGUUAUAUGCCAGACAGAUGGUAAUAAACACGAAUUGUUCAUUAUUUUAACAGAGACCCAUCAAAAGAAAAGUAGCGGAGAAUGUUGGGAGCAUGGAGAUGGUAUCAAAACCAGUUAACGAAGAAUCCAGUACGAACCCAAAUUAUAAGUUCUGGAAUCUUAUGGGCAACUGGAGAUGUUGCUGCUCAGUACGUCAGCUUUUCAACCAAAAAACGCCUCCAUCUCUCAACUGAUAAACAAAAGAAAAAAUUCAAAGUAGACUGGAAACGAGUUGCUACUACAAGCAUGUUUGGUCUUGGUUUUGUAGGACCAGUUGGUCACUUCUGGUAUGAAGGCUUGGAGCAUGUAACAAAGCAUCGUUUACGAUUGCGUCCCAAUUCGUUGCAGUUUGUUACUGCUAAGUUGGCUGCAGACACCCUUAUUUUUGGACCUGUGCAUUUGCUUGCAUUCUUUACAUAUAUGGGUCUUGCUUCUGGAAAGAAGCUUGAUCAGGUUAAGGAGGAUGUUAAAAGGGAUCUUCUCCCAGCUUUUAUGAUGGAAGGAUCCACAUGGACUUUAGUACAGACAGUAAAUUUUCGUUUUGUACCUGUUCGGUAUCAACUUCUUUAUGUCAAUUUUUUUUGUUUGCUUGAUAGUGCUUUUCUUUCAUGGUUUGAGCAACAAGAGGAUGCCCCAUGGAAAAGAUGGUUGAAAUCCCUCCUAUCAGCUUAAACACAAUAGAAAUAGAAAUUGUGAGAUUGGUCUUACAGCAACAAUACAUAUUUUUAACUCUGCAAACCUCAAUGAUUCAUUUGCUGCCAACGAGCAACUAUUAGAAACUGUAACCGUCUUCUUUAUCAAUACCCAUGGUAUCCUCUUCCAUUUUCCCUCUCACACUUUUAAACUUGACAGAUUAAUCCAUGGACAAAAUUUUGGCAUUUGCCAUUUUCUGUAAUUCGAAUGCCACAUAUACAUUAUAAUUGUUAGAUUUACCAGCAGGGCCACCGGUUUGAAUCUUGUUGACUAUUAGAUAAUGUGCAGACCUUGGUUACAAUUUUGACA